AUGUCUUUCUUCAAUAACAUUAAAAAAGUGCUCCACUUUGGAGGCAAUGAUGCAAAAAAGAAAAAAGUCUACAACAAUGUACGUAUGGAGUGUGACCCAGAAGAAUUCUGGGAUAUGAUAGGAGAACUAGGUGAUGGAGCAUACGGAAAAGUGUAUAAGGCCCAACACAGGCACACAGGACAACUGGCUGCUGCCAAAAUGUGCAGACUUGAUGGUGAAGAUGACCUUGCAGAUUUCAUGAUUGAGAUUGAUAUAUUAUCAGAAAUCAAACACCAAAACAUAGUGGAACUGCAUGAAGCCUUCCAAAAGGAACAGCAAUUGUGGCUGUUGAUUGAAUAUUGUGAUGGAGGUGCCCUAGACAGUAUAAUGACAGAGCUAGAAAAACCUCUUAAUGAACAUCAGAUUGCCUAUGUGUGCCAAAACAUGUGCAAAGGACUGCAGUUUUUGCACAAGUCACAUAUAAUUCAUAGAGAUUUGAAAGCUGGAAAUGUACUACUAACUAUGGCUGGUGGAGUUAAGCUUGCUGACUUUGGAGUGUCUGCCAAAAACAAGAACACCCUGCAAAAGCAUGACACUUUCAUUGGCACCCCCUAUUGGAUGGCCCCAGAAGUGGUGCUGUGUGAGACAUUUCGUGACAACCCAUAUGACUACAAAGUGGACAUCUGGUCUAUGGGCAUCACCCUUAUUGAGUUUGCCCAAAUGGAACCACCCAACCAUGAGAUGUCACCCAUGAGGGUGCUGCUCAAGAUACAGAAAUCUGAGCCACCCAAACUUGAGCAACCCUCCAAGUGGUCCAAAGAGUUCAACGAUUUCUUGCUCAAAGCCUUAAUUAAAGAUCCUCAGAAAAGACCAAACUGUGAAGAAUUGUUGAAACAUCCUUUUAUAAACUGUACAUUGGAUUCAAAACCUCUCAAAGAUUUGCUUCUUGAAUACAAAGCUGAGGUUGUUGAGGAAGAACUUACUGAUGACGAUCCAGAGGACAACCGCACUUCCCAAGUGCCUCUUGACAUCGAGGAUGAUUCUGCUUCUGUAAGAAGCAACGAAUUAGAUAGUAAAGCUGCACCCAAAACUUCAACACCACUACCGAUAGAACCGGCAUCAUCCGAGAAAGAAGACAAAAUAAAAGAACCAUCUGCAAGUGAUGUGAAACCAGAGGCGUCUAGUCCCACUGUCGUAUCUCAACCCGGUAAAAAACCACUCGAGAAGAAAGAAGAGGUGCAACGAAAGACGUCCCGCGACAAAGGCAAAGCCCCGCCCCCACCACCCCUUCAGACACAGCAAUCCACCAGCUCGACCAAUUCCGCGACGUCGGAAAAGGAAAAGGGCCCUGCUCCGCCUCCGCCCGCUCUGCCCAUCCCCGCCUUACCCACCCCGCCCUCUUCCCCUAUGACGCCCCCGGACACGCCUCCCGACCUACGAGACCACGCCCCCGGCGAGCGGGACAUCUCCCUGGCCAAUCAACAGGUUCCGGAGAAAGACGAGACGGACGACAUGACUCGCAACAUAUCGGAGAUCAAGCAGGCGCUGGAGAAUCACAUUGAAAAGAGGGGAUUCGCUCAGGAGCGGUCCGGAGAUUUGGUGACGGUCACCAGUUCCAGCGCCACCACUCCGGAUGACAGCUUGUGUUUGGCGGUGGGGUCUACGCCCCAAUCGGAGAGAGAUAAGAAUACGUCUACUAUCACGAUUAAUUCCAAUUUGCCGGAUACGUCCAACAGUUUGGCGUCCAAUAUCAAUCAAGUAACGGUGGUAACGACCCACCCCCCCGUCAUCAUCGACAACUCCCUACCCCCAUCCUCCAGACUGUCCCCCACCUCCACCAUCCCCGACGAAGUCGUCAUCGUCUCCAACGAGACCAACAAGACGACGCGCGUCAAUUCCUCCUCCUCCUCCGCCGCCUCCUCCUCCUCCUCGCUGGAAGAGGCCGAGGACGACUUUUGUCCUUCUCUCGACUCGCUCGAAUACCCGCCGCCUUCGCAGUUCAGGGACAAAACGCCCUCGCGGUUCAGGGACAAACCGCCCUCGCAGUUCAGGGACAAAACGCCCUCGCAGUUCGGGGACAAAAUGCCGCUUGCUAAGCGGCUGGACGAGAGCGAGGUGAUGAUCACGGAUGCCAGUUAUGUGAUCGACGAUUCGGGGUUGGACGUGGGGGAGGACACCUCGAGGUUGCUGGAUACCAGCCAUGUGUCAGUCGUCAAAAUCGACGAGGAGAAGGUGCAGGUCCACGAUUCCACAUCCUACCUGAGCGAAAAAUCAGGCGACUCGCGCGGCUCCACCAGCGACCUGUCCAACACCUCCUCGGGCGGCAAAUCGGGCAGCACGAAGAGCGGCGAGUACGGGGGCGGCACGCACAUCCUGCUCGAGGGCGGCUCGACCGGAGGGGGCGGCAGCCUCGCCUACCAUCUGACGAACGGCGGGGCGGCGCCGGCACGGUCGCACAGCCGCGAGGACGACUACAGGAAUCGACUCAACAACGGGAAGGUGUAUUCGGAGAGCUUCGAGUCGGCCAUGUCUGACAGGUCUCAUAGCGAUUGUGGUUCAGUGAGGAGCACAGAUUCACACAGGAGACCCAUUUCUGGCGCCAGUAAGAGUUUGGAACAGUCUGAUGUCGAAAGUAUAUCCUUAGCUAGUCAAGGCAGUCGCGGCAGCAACGAGAAGGAGGAUAAAAGACACGUAACAGAUUCGGGCGACCACGAAGUGGAGGUGGUGCUGCGCAAACCGCCGAAGACCAAGGCGGAAACGGCGGCCAUGCAGAUCCGGAAGACGCGCAAGCGCACUCGAAAAUUCGUCAUCGACGGCGUGCUCAUCACCACCACCACCAGCAAGGUGAUUUACGGGGACGAGGACAACUACAACCUGAGCGAUCCGCACUCGGACAGGAAGCAGGAGCUCAGGGAGCUCAAGUAUCUGCAGAAGCAGGAACAGAAACAGUUCCAGGAUUUGGCGGCCAAAGAGCAGCUGGCCAUCGAGCAGCAAGACCGAAAAUUCGAGCAGGAGCGCGCCACCUUGGAGCGCACGUUCGAGAACGACCUGGAGAUGUUGAGCCGGCAACAGCGCGCGCAGAUCGAGCGCGCCGAGGCGCACCAGGACGCCGAUCUGCGCGCCACCUCGAAGAAGAUCCGGGGAGAGCAGGAGCGCGACCUCAAGCAGUUCCGCGAGGGGCUCAAAGCGGAAUUGAGGUUGCUCAAGUACGAGGUGGACAUGUUGCCGAAGGAGAGGCGCAAGGCGGAGUUCAAGGUGCGCAAAGACAAAAUGGAUACGGAGCACCUCGACCGCGAAAAGGCUUUCUUGGAGAAGCUGAACGAGAACCACGAAAGCAGCCUGCGCAGACUGAGCGACGCGCACCGAGAAAAGAUCGCGCUGAUGGAGCGCCAAUUCCUCCAACAGAAGCAGCAGCUGACGAGGACGAGGGAGGCUGCGCUGUGGGAGAUCGAGGAGCGGCACAUACACGAGAAGCACCAGCUGAUCAAGCGGCAAAUCAAGGAGAUUUUCAUUUUGCAGAGACACCAAAUGUUGACGCGGCACGAAAAGGAGAAGGAGCAGAUCAAGAGGCGGGCCUCUCGAAAAGAAGAGGAGCUACUCAAGAAGCAGCAGAUCGAGCGGCGGUCGUUGCCGAAGCGCAUCCGGGCCGAGAUGAAGGCGCGUGAGGCCAUGUUCAGGGAAUCGAUGCGGAUUUCCGUGUCCGUGGGCGCAGGCGAUCCCGAUCUCGAGAAGAACAGAUUCAAAGAGUUCCAAGAUAAGGAGAAGAAACGCUACCAGGCGGAACAGCAGCGCUUCGAACUGAAGCACCAGCGGCAGCUGGAGGAGCUGCGAGCGAUGAGCGAUGCCACCAUCAAGGAGCUGGAGCAGCUGCAGAACGAGAAGCGCAAAAUGCUGUUGGAACAUGAAACGCUCAAGCUGAAGCAGCGCGAAGAGGCCUUCAGCAUAGAGUUCAAGGAGUGGAAGGCUAAGCUGAAGCCCAGGAAGCAGAAACUGGAAGAGGAGCUGUACAGGGCGAUGCGUGCCGCCACAUACGCGGACUAUUUGCCCACGGUGUUGUUCCCGGAUCAGGGCUCGUCGUCCACCGAUACGGCUCAGGGCGGUUCGUCCGCCGACGUGGCUCAGGGCGCCUCGUCCGUCCCUUCGAGCCCUUCGGGUCAGGGGGAGGGCGGCUCCCCCCGGCCCAGUUGGGGCCACCAGCGGACGUGGAGCACGGGGGUGAUGCCUCCCGGCCGCAGUUUCGCUUUUACGACCUCCUCGUCAGGUCCCAAACACGAUUCCCUCGCUUAGUGUUUGUUCCUCCUUUCCUCCUUGUUUUUUUUUUCUUUUUUGUUCAGGUCCUGUCCGUUUGUGUGGAGGUGUUUGCUGCUAAUGUCGAUUUGAAAUUGAACGGGAAGUUCGAUAUCGAUCUUGUUUUUCAGUAGUGAUCUGCAUCGUACUCUUCAACUUUGGUGGUUUCUUGGGGUGAAUGGUGCACUUCAAAUCAUUAUAAAUUAUGUCACAAAUGAUAUGAUUCAAGAACAGAGCUCGAAACUUGUGAGUGCUCUCAUUUUCUCCGACUUGUAAAUAUAGAUGUAUUAAGUAUCAAAGCAUUCCUGUCAUAAAGAGCAGUUUAUUAGUUUUCUAGCUGAAUAAUGAAUCAUCAUGAUAAUAUGCAUUAUAUUUUGAUUUUUAAUUUCGAAAUAUGGAAUAAUUAAAGUUUUAUCAGUUCCAAAUGUUACUAAUAUUAAUUCCAUUUUAUUGUUGAUCUAGUGAAAACGAAGAGAGAUUGAAGUGCCCAGUACAGGAUCACACUACUGACAGUAAUUAAGUUCUUUCAGAUGCUCGACAAACACCCCUGUUUUUGUUCUUCCCAGUGUUUUGUAAUAACUAUCCUUGUUGUUUUUUUUUUGUAGUUUUUGUUAUUAUUUAUUUAUGUUUGCCGCAUCUGUUCUUACACCUUAUCGUGUUAUCGUAAGGUUCAUCAACAAACCCAUAAUCACAG